AUGGCCAAGCGGAAACAGGACGCCGAGGAGCUGCCCGACGCGCCAGAGAGCAAGGGCGCGGGCAGGCAGCCGCAGGAUGGCGAGUCGGACAGCGACGAGGACAUGGACAUGGUCAACGUCGACUUUGAGUGGUUCGACCCAAACCCGGCCGUCGACUUCCACGGGCUGAAGACGCUGCUGCGCCAGCUGCUUGACGUCGACCACCAGCUGUUCGACCUCAGCGCGCUGGCCGACCUGAUCCUUUCGCAGCCCUUGCUGGGCAGCACGGUGAAGGUCGACGGCGCCGAGACGGACCCGUACGCCUUCCUGACAGUGCUGAACCUGGAGACGCACAGCGACAAGCCCGUCGUGGGCGACCUGACCGCCUACCUGCGCUCCAAGGCGCCGCAGCUGCUGCCUGCGGCGCCCGCGCAGAUCGGCCUCGUGCUGACGGAGCGCUUCAUCAACAUGCCCCACGAAAUCGUGCCGCCCAUGUACGCCAUGCUGCUGGAGGAGAUGCAGUGGGCGCUCGACGCAAAGGAGCCCUACGCCUUCACGCACUACCUGGUGCUGUCCAAGGCGUACGCUGAGGUCGCCUCGAGUCUGCCGGCCGCUGCCGUGCAGCCGCCUGCCAAGAAAAAAAAGCCGGCCAGCGGCGAUGAUGAGAUCUUCUACUUCCACCCCGAGGACGAGGUGCUGCGCCAGCACGCUGUCGGCCACGCUGUCUUCAACUACGAUACCCCGGUCGAUGAGGGCGCGAGCGACAGCAAGAGGGCGUUUCAGGAUAUGGGCGUCCGUCCGCAGGGGCAUCUGACGCUGAUUGAGGCCGCCCGGUUCGCCGGCGCUGUCGACGCCAUCAAGGCGUUUCUGCAGUAG